UAAAGUAAACUAAAAAACAUGUCCGCCGUGGGUGUACAUAAUACUGUUGUUGACAUGCAAAUAAGUAUAUAAAUAUUAAACAAAUAGAUUUAAAGUUUGUUAAAAAUCAUGGAAUUCGAUUCACAGCACCGAAAGGGUGUGAAAAAUCGAGGUGUUUGUUGUGUAAAAAGUUGUGACUCGAAAGUGUGCAAAAAUAUGAACUUGAGUUUCCACAAAAUACCAGCUUUUGGAAAAUGUAAAGUCUCAAGAAUAAAUAUUUUUGGGAAAGAAGAGUUUGUUGAUAAACGGACACAGUGGUUAAAGCUUCUUAAUAUUAAAGACAAAAAAUAUCUUAUUGUUUGUUCGAAACAUUUCACCAAAGAAGAUUAUCUUUAUCCAGAUUUAGAAAUGCAAAACCGUAUUUUGAAAAAAAAUGCCGUACCAAAAGAAGUGAAAAAAUCUGACAGCAUAAUGUCAGAACUCAAAAGGCAAGAAAGAAUGAUGAUGAGAAGAUUAUUACCAUCGAAAUUAAAAAGUACAGAGGAAAAAAACGAAGUGCAAAAGUCUUUGGAAGAAAAUGUGCAACCUACGAACAGUUUUGAAGAAACUAAUGGAGAUUUUGAGAAUGAAACAUAUGAGACAAAUGAACAUGACUCUCAUUGUGAAAUGGGGGAAGAUGCAUUAUACGAUUUACAAAUGUCGACAACUAUGGAUGAAUGUCAGGAAAAUAUAGAACAUUACAAUGUUGAAAAACAGAAAUGUAAAGAAAAUUGUACUAAUGAUAUUGGAGUUCAAGUAUCAAGCGGAGAUUUUACUUACACUCUUAAAUCUUUCAUUAAAACUGAAAAAGAUUUAAUGACCUUGUGUAAUAUUAAAAGUUUUAAAAUCUUAGAGAAUUUAGCAGAACUGAUUGAUAAAUAUUAUCCCACAAGAAAAAGAUUAUUAAAUACCACAGAAUGCAUAGUUUUGACAACUGCAAAAUUGAAGUUGGAUAUAUCCUUUCAGGCACUUGCAGUAUUUUUUUAUAACAUCAGUGAUGUCACAAUUAGAAAUGUAUUUUAUGAGUAUGUUAAAAAGUUAUCAAGCAUUUUACAAUCUUUACUAGUUCGUGUACCUAAGGAAGAAAUUCAGCAAAAUUUGCCAAAAUGUUUUAAAGACUUUUCUUCUACUACAUCAGUUCUCGACUGCACAGAAAUAAAAAUACAAAAACCUAAAUGUCUAAAAUGCAGAAUCAAAUUUUACUCACAUUAUAAAGGCGAUUUAACCGUCAAAUUCAUGACUGAAGUUACUCCAGCAGGGAUUAUUACAGUUGUCAGUGAAUCAUUUGGGGGACGAGCAUCAGAUAAAUGCAUAUUUAACCAUACACAAAUUCUUAAUGAUUUAGAAAGCACGAGAGAUUCAGUAAUGGUUGACAAAGGUUUUCUUAUUGAAGGUGAGUGUGAAGAUAAAAGAAUUAAUCUGAUAAGACCACCAUUUGUGAGAAAUCAAAAGCAACUACCUGAAGAUGAAGCAAAUAUAAACCGUAAAAUUGCUAGUGCUCGAGUACAUAUCGAGAGAAUGAACCAACGCAUAAAGCAAUUUAAUAUUUUAAAUAACAAAUUACCAUGGCAUCUAAUAAAUUAUGUAGAUGAUAUAUUUUGUAUUUGUUGUGGGUUAGCUAACUUGGGAACACCCAUACUCGCAGAUGAUAAAUUUUAACCUGUACAGUUUUCGAUUACAUUUUUUCAUAAACAAAACAAUAAAUUAUAAUU